AUGUACACGUCUCACAACCACCCAUUCACAGAAAACAUCAUCCAGGUGUCGUUGCCUGAUAAGUAUAAACCGCCCCCUAUCCCGCUAUAUGAUGGAAGGAGUGAUCCGGAUGACCACUUGGAAGUCUACACAGGGCACAAGAUCCUUCACGGGUACCCCGAGGAGGUCAUGUGCCGGACGUUCAGAAAUCAUCUUUCUGAUUCCGCCAGGAGAUGGUUCAGGUCCUUAAAACAAAACUCCAUUACUAGCUCAGAUGACUUGAAGAACGCCUUCCUGACUCAGUUCAUAGGUGUCAAAAAGUAUAUCUCACCCAAGCAAAACCUCUCGAGGGUGUAUCAGGGACCAAACGAGUCCCUAAAAGAUUGGAUAGCCCGGUUCAGGGAACAAGUGGCUGCCACCGAAGGGAUCUCUGACGAGGUGGCUUUGAUGAGGGCCCUAUCAAGCAUGAAGAAGGAUAUCCCGUAUAGCACAGACCUCGAUCGGAGGCCACUACAGAUCUACCAAGAAUUCUUGAUGAGGGCACAGGGAUUCAUUAAUGCAGAGGAGGCCAAAAAGGCCUUAAAAAGUAAGGUGGUGGUCUCCACUAAAGAAGAAGUAGGACAGUCAAGCCAUCAAAACAACGGCAAGAAGCGUCGAGGUAAUCCUCAGGUGCAAGCGGAGCAAAGGUAUAAUCCAGCCCCACACAACAGGGGUAACAACGCCUCAACAGGACAGGGCGAUACCAAGCGACCCAAGCCAUAA